UAAAUCAUAGUUACUUUGCAAAUGUUCUGACAGUCCAUCUUAACUUACACCAGAAAUCACAUUUUCCAAAUGCAAUAGUUCAAUCCUUUCAUUUCCAUCCAUCCGUCCACCCAGUUCAUUCAAUGGCCCAAAACAGUUGCUGCAAAUGGAAGGAAAUAUUGAGUAAAAAUCUUCCACAAAAAUGUCCAGCGAAUUGUUUCAAUCCAUUGAAUGGACCCUGCCCCGACUACAAAAUCGUCGAUGUGGUCAACCGGGAGGCGAGCGUUGUGAAGGCCAUACUCGAGCCGGAGCCGCCCAUACGACGGAUAAUAGACACGAACGCACUCUGUUCCAAGUGCUGCGGCCUCGCCGAGAAUACGCCGGAAAAGUGUUGCAACUUGUGUGAUGCCCAAAAUGGAACCCAAAGAAAUAAUUUAUGUUCAGCUGCAUGCAGACCGCUCAGCACAAAGCUGCACUUGGAAGAGUGGACGAAACGCCCGCGGCAGAAACCGACGUAUAAGCACAGUCUUUUUGUGGACAAUGAAAUGUUAGCUGGACGUGUGUUUCCCGUCAAGUUCCGCUUGCGUAGAACAAAAAACCAUUGCAGCGACUGCGGAAAGGAGCUGUACUUCCGUGAUCCCAUUACGGACAAUACAAACGUGGUUGUGCUCACAAACUGCUGCGACGUUAAGGUCUAUCACAACAGGACCCUCGAGAACUGGCAUCGUGUGCCCAUCCUCUCAAUAACCGGCGAUAGAAUGAUGAAAAAGAAAACCAUCAAUGAAGUAUGCCAACUGGAACCCAAAAAACUGCCGCCCGUUGCGGGGAUAAUCGCCAAACCAAUUGACGAAACGCGACCAAGUAGUAAACGUAAAAGUAAAAAGGGCAAAAAGGGAAAGAAAGGAAAGAAGGGAAAGAAAUAAUGCUUUGGAAUAAAAUCGUAACUUAAAAAUUAA